GCUGUCACAUGACCAGAUGUGGGGGGAUUUUAUUGAGUGGCAUUUUUUUGUGCCUUUUAAGGAUUUGGAUGUCGAGAAUGUGUAGAUUCAUUGUACAGAAUUAGCGGUAAAUCUUUGGAGUUUAUUUAUUAGAGUAAUCAUAAAGCCAUUAAUAGAUAUGUAAAUACUUGAAAUUCCACAAUUUGUCGCGGGACAUGGAUAUGGCGCUGAAUUCAGAAAGUUCUCAGCCGCUUGGGUUUGAAGGGCCGGCAGAUACGUUGAGGAUGAAGAUGAAGAAUUUCUGCCAGCAAAGAAAAGAAGGAAAAAGGAAGCAAUUUCUCCAACUUUACUGAUAUUAGAUAGUGAUAAUGAUGGAGAAACUGAUGGAGUACAGAUCGAGGAAGAGGCGCAGACUGAUGACCUUGACAUUGUGACUCUUUCACCAUCCCCACCACCAACGCCUCCUACAGCCAUCAUUCUUGCAAGGCCAGGAAGGAACAGGAGGAACAAAGAGGUCACUACGGCUUUAAGGAACCUGGAGAAAGCCUCACAUGAAUUCCAUGAAAGUCUUGCUGAGAGGUCGCUGAAUGAGAGUGUAGACUUGGUGAUGGAGAGUCCCUCUGAAAACAGGACCAUGAUGGUGAAGGUUAGGAGUACAGCAGGAGUGCAGCGGUUUCCCCUGAAGCCAAAUGACACAUUUGAAGAGAUCUUUAAGAAAAUGGCUGAGCAAGAAGGCGUCUCAGUAGACAGGGUAUUUAUGGUACACAAAGAUGAUAUAGAAGUACAGCCAUAUGACACACCAAAAUCCAUCAAACUCCAUAUAGCAGAUAUUUUGGAUUUCCAUGUGAGACAAUCUGGUCAGCUGGAGGAGAGUGUCAGUGAAGAGGUACUGGAUGGGUCUUGUAUUAAAGUCAAAGUGCAGGGAAAGGAUAGACACUCAGUUCUUGUCAUCACAAUCAGAAAGACAAAUCCAUUAGAAAAUUUAAUGAGGGAAUAUGCUUCAAAAAUGGAGCUAGAGUGGACCAGUUUAAAGUUUCAGUUUGAUGGGGAGGACAUUGACCCCAAGGCCACCCCUGAAGACUUAGACAUGGAAGAUGAUGAUUGUAUUGAUGCUAUUCAGUCAUGAUACUCUGUUUAUAUGUCAAUGUACAUAAUAUAUUGUAAAGAAAUCAGCUGAGAAACUGUGGCAGAUACUUAAUUUGCACACCUAAAAAUAUGUAAUUUUGGAUGAAGGUUUAAGAUUUUCUACUGAGACAUUUUUAGAUCUAAAAUUUCAAUUAAAGAUUGACUUAUACAGUUAAUGAUUCAUAUGUGCUACCUCUUGGUUCUUGUACACUGAAGCAAUAAAUUUGGCCAAAAAAAUUCUUAAUAUCAUGGAAAUGAUAUGUUAUUGUCUUUAUAGUGUAUUGUGUAGGUUAUUGUUAGAGAAAUGUGUUAUUGUUAGAGAAAUGUUAAUUGUUUACAGUUUUGAAAUAGUGUGUGUGUUAAAUUUUACCAGUUGCCUGAGAAUUGUGUAAAUAAGCCUAGUUCAUGCGUCAGUAGGCUUUUACAUUGUAAACACAGAUGAGGAACUGUCAUAAGGAAGUCGGAUCACGUCCAUUUGGUUUACAAUGUUAAAAUGAGAGGGCAGUUUCAAAUAGGACAGUUUAUGACAUAUUUUAUACACAAGAAUGACUUCUUGAUAUUGAUCGUCGUGCUCAGCAUACUGCUAUUAGAACAGCAUUUGAAAUAAAUACUUAAAUGUAAUGUGUCAAAGCAAUUUUAAUGUGCAUUUUCUAUUUUUGUUAAAAAAUUGAACACAUUUCUGAUUUUAAAUAUGUAAUGUGAAGUAGUUUCCUUCAUAUAACGUCACAUUUUUUAUAUUUCAAAUGUGCAUAAAAGAUGUAUAAUAGUGAAUUGAUUACAUGUAAAUAU